UAAGCGUAGGAUCGGCAGAAGGAAAAGUGGAAGAGUGGCUCCGCCAGUGUUACCUGGUGUUACGUGCCGCGGAAUUUCUAUCCGGUCAAUCAGUGUGCUGUCUCCUUCCUGCCCUUGAACGUUCGGCUGGACGGUGCCUGCGCUUGCUACCUCUUGUAGUGACAACUGACAGAUUGAGGAGUAUAACACAAAGCCAUGUCGAGUCCGUCGUUGAAAGACCUGCCAAAAGUAGCCUUAGACUUGAAAAGCGAACUAGAAGGUUUCAAUCAUGGCUGCAUGAAGAAAGCUGCGACAGCGGAGAAAAAUGUUUUACCUUCUGCCGAAGACGUGCGACAAGAGCGACAGCAUUCUGAAUUAAUCCACGAUGUGGAGUCUUUUAAACCAGAUCAGUUGAAACAUGCCGACACGAAAGAGAAGAUUAUUUUACCAAAUGCCAAAGAUGUAGCCGCGGAGAAGACUCAACAAACGCUGAUGUCGGGCAUCGAGACAUUUGACCCGACCAGUUUGAAACACACUGAAACUCAAGAAAAGAAUCCGCUACCUGACAAGGAUGCGAUUCAGCAGGAAAAGGGAAAGCAGCAACUAAUCUCUGGAAUUGAAAAUUUUGAUCCUGCGAAGCUAAAACACGCCGAAACGCUCGAGAAAAAUCCAUUGCCUACCAAAGAAGCAAUCGACGCUGAAAAAAUAGCUGCUUAAAAAGGGAACUUUAAAACCGGAAACACAGAAAAGAAAGGAAGCAGCGACUCGUCAUUUCUUCCAUUUUCUAUAUCGUGAAAUUUUAUAACAAUUUACUCAUACAUUGUCCACAGGAAAAAAAAAAGAAGAAUGCGACACACACUGUGUUAAUGUAAUCUUAUGAUUAUACUUAUCCUACCGCCAUGAGCGUCCCUUUCGGCGAGGCGCACAAGUCGUUUUUUACAUAAAAACUAUUAACAAUGAAACGACGAUGAAGGUCGGGCCCAAACUUAAUGAAAGAAAAAAAAAAAUACGAUCAAACUUUAUAAACGGUCCAUUUCAUUCCUAACGUUACCAAUAUUCAAUGAUUUUGGGCUUGUAUCAACAUCCGUCUUAAUAAUAACUCGCCAAAGGAUGUACUUUUUAUACUAAGAAAGCUGCACGUAAGCAAACGUUAUUUUCGAUAGCAACAAAAUUAUUGGGUAGCAUUGCAUGCGUUACAGAUAUCGCAAUGGUGCAGCGGUUGAUCUUAUAUUUGUGUAAAAAUCAUAUUUUAUAUAACGGGCUAUUGUACUUUUUUAACAUUUCGUACACAUCGCAUUGUCAUUCCGAUGAAAAUUAUUAUGACGAAUAAAAAAGUAAUUUGUACAAGAA